AUGGAUCAGUUGCUGGGCUAUAGUGCGACAGAUCUGGCAAAACGAGAUUGGGAACAGCUCAAAACCCCACCUGCUGUUGAAGACUCAGAUCCCAAACCCAAGCGACAAUGUGUAGAGAAUCCAUAUAUGACCCCUUGGGUUUCUCCUUCAAGUAAUCAGUUUGGUGAUAUUGAUUUGUCCUCUCCUCCAGACAAUGGCAGAGCUACGUUUGAAGACAUGCAACCCAUUGAAGAAUUUGAGUCGAUGUUUUCUGCUGGGCCCCUCACGAAUGAAGCGCAAGAAGAGCCGUCGCUGAGCCUCAUCGAGCAUUCCGCAAAUCACUGGCUUCUACUGCCAGACACUGUGGAUAUUGAAAACCCCCUUCCCACACCCAAUUCGGGGUACAGUGACUCAUGUCUACAAGACGAGAAGACUCCCGUUCCAACGGUCUGCUCAGAACACGAUUUUAAAAUGUCCCAGACACCUUCCAACAGUCCCUAUGAUGUUUGCUUUGGAAUGGUGGUACUCCAGGCAUCUUGUCACAGUUUACCAAAGGGAACCGAGGAUUCUGUCCCUGUUGACUUACAAGUGGUGGGGGAUGUCUUGAAGCUUUCCGGUGGUUCUCCAAAGCACAAUGUCGGUCUCUUACAUUCGCAAGCACUGGGCAAGCUUGCUCAUGAUUGCAAAGUCACAUUAUCUGCCAGAUGUGAGCGGCCAAAACAGGAGAAAGCUUCGAGGAUGACGCUAGGUCAUAAAGAUACGCUGGUCAAAAUCGUGAUUUAUGGUCUCUUGGACGAGACUGACUUAGUGAACAGUAUUCUUUCCGACGGUGACAUGUUUCUCCAACAUCCAAGACAAGGCGAUACCUCUGUCCCGUAUCGGAACCCCCAGUUCUUGGUAGCCCCUGGAACAGAAAUGCCUCAGAUCGAAGAGCUUGAUACUGGAAACCUGUUACACUCAACAGACCUAGAUCGAGCCUUGGAUAACCCAUGGAGUAGUGAAGUGUUCCAGGCCUUCGAUACCGUUGAUGGUCCUGCCACGUUCGCAGCUGUUGAACAAAGCCCGCGUUUGCAGACGAAGCUCAAAGAACACCAAAUCAAAGCACUUUCUAUGAUGACCGAAAAGGAGAGUAGCGUUUUUGUAGGGGCACAUUUUCCUCCUCUUUGGCGAUUUUCGCGGGAUCUUGCCGGCAAUGUUAAAUAUCAUCACACUAUUACUGGGAUGACAUCAGACGUUCAACCUCAGCCCCCUUUGGGAGGCAUAUUGGCUGAUUCAAUGGGCCUUGGAAAAACACUCAGUAUACUCGCCCUCAUCGCGUGGUACCUUGACAGCCCAUCUCUAGACAAAUUUGGGCCUCGCGCAACUCUUGUCAUUACCACCCCCUCAACCAUCCCGGGAUGGGAGCAACAAAUCUUGCGGUAA